CGUCGGUACCAGGACCCAGCACGGGACAGCUUGGAGGGCCGGGAACGCGGAGGCGCUGUAGGUGGCUCCCCGCCCCACAAUUACACAAAAAAAACCAAUUGGGAUCUGAGACUUCAGGCCCAGAUACAUUGUACACUGCUGGAAGGGGGCGAUGGCUGUGGCCCUGGGGUGUGCAAUCCAGGCCUCCUUGAAUCAAGGCUCAGUGUUUCAAGAACAUGGUACCGACUGUGAAGUCUUCCGCCAGCGCUUCAGGCAGUUUCAGUACAAAGAAGCGGCCGGGCCUCAUGAAGCUUUCAACAAACUCUGGGAGCUCUGCUGUCAGUGGCUGAAGCCAAAGAUGCGUUCUAAGGAACAAAUUCUGGAGCUGCUAGUGUUGGAGCAAUUCCUAACCAUUCUGCCCACGGAGAUAGAGACCUGGGUGAGGCCAUUCGGCCUACAAAAUAGAGAAAUAAUUUUGGCACUGAUAGAAUUCUUACAGACAGAAUCUGAGAUACCAGAGCAGCAGAUCGACAGGCAGGAAAUGCUCUUGGAAGAACUGGCACCAGUGGGGACAGCACACAUGCCACCAGACAUCCACCUGGAGUCACCCCCACUCCAAGUCAUGGGACCUGCCCCCGAGGCCCCAGUGGCAGAGGCGUGGAUCCCACAGCCAGGGCCGCAGGAGCUGAGCUACGGUGCUGCUGGGGAGUGCCAGCCCUUCCUGGACCCUGGAUACCCACGACCAAAGCCUGACCAGAGGUGCCCAGUGGAGCAGAGACAAGAGCCACAGGUGAAGGAGCUACAGGAUCCCAAGGAAGUGAAGCAACAAUUACUUGACUCCAAGAUAGAUGGAAAUGCACUUCUUGGUCCCAAUUUACCCAAAUACUCUGAACAGCUAAAACGUCACUUGGGAAACCCUGCAGAGCAUCUACCCAGAGAGGGCACAAAGCCUGUCCGUGAUCAGAACCCCGCUCUAGGAGAGACGGCUGAGAGCUCCCACCAGGACAACCCUCUCAGCCCCAGAGCCCAUGAACAAAACGGUCCUGGAGAGAAACCACACCGAUGUGUGCACUGUGGGAAAGGUUUUGCUAGCAAGAAGCUACUCAAUGGGCACCUGAAAAUUCAUUUGGGAGAGCUCCCUCACAAGUGCCUUGAAUGUGGGAAAGGGUUCCUUCGUCGAUCAGACCUCUCCAGGCAUCAGCGAAUUCACACAGGGGAGACACCCUAUGAAUGCACCGUGUGUAACAAGCGCUUCACUCAGGGAUCACACCUUAAAUUGCACCAGAAAGCCUAUUCUGAACAAGAAACAUACCGAUGCCCCGAGUGUAGGAAGAGUUUCUGUAAUAGAACAAGUUUUAUAAGACACCUGAAAACCCACACAGAUGGAAAACCCCAUAGAUGUCACAGUUGUGGGAAGAGUUUUAGUCGACAGACAGAUCUUACUUUGCACCAGAGAACACACACUGAAGAGAGACCGUUUAUAUGCGAGUAUUGUGGGAAAAGCUAUAGGCAGAGAUCAAGCCUUAUUUUUCAUUUAAGAAUCCAUGCAAAGGAGAAGCCAUAGAAGUAGUCAUUGUUCUCCAAGGUUCAUAAAGAAAGCAGGCCUUCAGAUGCACCAAGCUGCUCACUUGAGAGUUCUCUGAGAAUUUGCUGAGGGAAACUGCUCCUACACACACUGACACUAAUUCCUAAAAGCCUCCACCUGCACUGGGCUGUCUGGGAAGAAGAGUUUUGUUUGAGCUCAUUCAUUAGAACAGCUUUGUGUUUUGCUGUGUUUAAAACCCAUCUUCCAAGGCAUGUAAAUUCUAGAGUGUUCACCGACUCUUGCCAUUAUCCUAGAUUUGAUUUUUUUCUGCCUCAGCAAAUCUUGUUUAAUCAUUACGAUGAAAAUGUCUUUGUCUCAGGCGGACCGCAGCAUAGGUGUAACUAAGACACGUAUGUAUGUCGGCCUUCCUUUCAGAUCUUGGGUCAGUAUCCCAGUCAACAGGGAUGUGCCCAGUUGACCCGUAUCUAUGCAACAUUGUAUUCCCGGGGAAAUGGAUAUGCUCUUCCUGUUUCGUUCCCACUGACUAGUUGUUGGAGCACCGUGCAGAUGCUGCCUUAACCGGGACAGGGAGCACUUCCCUUGACUCCCGUUUACACCACGUGUCAGAAUCACUGUCUCCUGUGCAGUCAUUGAUAUGUUUAUGCAUCAUUUGAGCCUUUAACACAGUCCAUUUUUGAAAUGUGGAGCAUUUCAAAAAGAUAUGGGCAAGGAAAAAGAUGUCCAACUCAAAGUACUAUGAAGGGCAGAGAACAGUACCCGCCACACAAGGGCUAGCAAGAGUGAAUGGACUGUAUUAGCAUGGAGGCCCUUCCAAUAAAUAUGGUAUUUUCUUUAUGUGUUUCUUGAAAUGAUGAAAGCAUUGAAGGCUGUGAACUUUAAGUCUAGCUUUGGUCAUAUUCCACAAAUCUUAUACAAUGCUUUUAUUUAUGAUUUUGCAAUUGUUUGUUAUUGCAGUUUUCAUUUUAUUUCCUCUCUGCCCCAAGAGUUGGACAAUGUCGAUAUUUUCCUGUCAGUUUUUGGUUAUAAUGCAUAUUCAUUUAAUAAAUAAGGUUCAUUCUGUU